UAUUAUUAUUAUUAUUAUUAUUAUUAUUCAUUGAGUGAAUAAUAAUUUCCACACACCAGCAGCUCCAGAAAGAAAUGUGUAAAUUAGCUAACACAGUGACAGUAUCAUUGAAUCAGUGAGUUGAACUCGAGAAUCGAAUCGGUUCUAUUCGUGAAUGAAUCAUUACAACACUUCUCUCAUAAACUUUAUAUGAUUACAUAUGAUUUAUAUGAAUGAGUGCUUUUUUUUUGGUAUAAAUUUGCAAAGAUUUCAAACAAACUUCUUUCACGUUGUCAUUAUGGGGUAUUGUUUGUAGAAUUUUGAGGAAAAUAAUGAAUCUAAUCCAUUUUGGAAUAAGGCUGUAACAUAACAAAACGUGGGAAAAGUGAAGCGCUGUGAAUACUUUCCGGAUGCACUGUAUAAAUGAAUAAAUUAGUAAUGAAUAAGCAGGGAUGUUUUUUAAAUGCUAAGUUUAAUAUGAUAAAUAAUAGUUACUCUAAUGUCCCCUUUGUAACCGUAUGUAUGGACGACUACUCCUACACCAUAAUCCACUUAUAAUAGAUUAAGUGAGCAAAAUCCUAAAUCUGACCCAUUAAGCUGCAUGUUAGCAGAAUAUUUCAUUCUCCCCCUGUAGCGAUUUUCUUUUCUGAGGGUGUGUGAUGUUGGUGUGACAUUUCUACACCUGCGUAUGCGACCUUUCAACUCAGCCACAUCACAAGACACUUUGAAGUGACCGCAGGAGCACAUGGCGAGAGGACAGUCCAACAUUGGUUAAAUAGCCAGGACGGGAGAUCCACAUCAGCAUCUUUGAAUGUGUAUAGGUGAAUACACAAGAGAAGCACUGAAAUCAUUGCAGAAUAAAUCGAGCAGCCCAGAACAGCAGCGAACAGAGCUGUGAUCAGUCCCAUGCUUCAGGGUGUAACUGUGAGAUGGAGGCUGGAAAAGUCUACAGCAGCAACACUGUGCUUCAAGCUAGAAAAGUUGUGGAGCAGCUGAGACUGGAGGCCAACCUGGACAGGAUCAAGAUCUCAGCUGCGGCUGCUCAGCUCGUGCAGUACUGUCAGGAGCACCGGCGUGGAGAUCCACUGCUCACAGGCAUCUCUGCCUCCUCCAACCCAUUCAAAGACAAGAAGACUUGUGUGCUACUGUGAGAGUGCAGAACCAUAUGUACAUAUUAAUAAAGGCAAUGAAUUAAUAUGUCUAUAUUGCACAUAUCAUCUUUAUUUAUUUUAUUAUUAUUAUCAUUGUUUUUUAAACAGUUUUCAUUGCUAUACUCACUCUCUCACUACCCCCUCUGUAACAGGGUUUACAGAGGGUUUACAGCUUUAUUAGACCAUAGCC